AUGCCAUUUCCGAAAAACUUUAAACUAAAUACCGGUGCAACCAUUCCUACAUGUAUGCAAACUCUACGUUAUUUAACUCUGAAAGUCGCGUUGGGCUUGCGUACUCCUUCAUCCAGAGCUCCGCCUAAAACUUUAGAGGCUACGAAGGCAGGUCUCACAGGAGGUGUUCGAUAUAUUGUGUCAGAAUAUGCGAAUCUCAAUGAAGGUCUCAUUGGUCAAGCUAUAAAAGAAUCCAACAUACCAAGAGCAGAUUUAUUCAUAAGUGGAAAGUUGUGGAAUACUCGCCAUCGCGAUGUUGAGAAAGCAUUUAAUGAGACUUUAUCAAGCCUUGGUGUUGAUUAUCUUGACUUAUAUAUAAUGCACUGGCCAAUCGCUUUUAAGAAUAACGGGUCAGACAUAAAAGUGGGUGAAGACCACAAAGUUGACAAGAGAGCUUAUGAUGAUUUAUAUCCAAAAAGUUCAAAUUCCAAAGAACUAGAAAUCGAUUCAGAAGUUGAUUUCCUCGACACUUGGAAACAAAUGGAGGCUCUUUUGCCUUCGAAAAAGGUGAAAGCAAUCGGUGUUGCUAAUUAUACAAAACCAAAAUUGGAAAAACUACUUAAAAAUUCCAAAGUUAUUCCUGCUUUGUUAGAAAUAGAAACACAUCCAUUUAUGCUUCAGACUGAACUUAUGGAAUACUGUAAAAAGAAUAAAAUCCAUGUUAGCGCACAUACUUCGACGGGGCUAUCGAAUAAACGUGGAGUCUUAAAGAAGGUUCUUGUCGAUGAACCUGUUAUUAAAAACAUAGCAGAAAAACAUGAGCAAUCUCCCUUCAAAGUACUUGCGGCAUGGGCAAUUCAACGCGGUACUACACCUGUUUUGCCCGCGAUUGACGCCGAGAAGGUCAAAGAAGUUUUUGAUCUAAAAGAAUUGACGAAAGAAGAAUUCGAGGAAAUUAGAAAACUUGGGGAUGAGCAUACAGAAAGAUAUUUCAGUGCCAAUGGUUUCAGUUCUGUCUUUGAAGAUAAAGAAUGA